AUGGGAAGACAUUCUUGUUGUUAUAAGCAAAAGCUUAGAAAAGGACUUUGGUCUCCUGAAGAAGAUGAGAAACUUCUCAAUUACAUAACUACACAUGGUCAUGGCUGUUGGAGUUCCGUCCCUAAACUCGCAGGUCUACAGAGAUGUGGAAAGAGUUGUAGACUUAGGUGGAUAAACUACUUGAGACCAGACUUAAAGAGGGGAGCAUUCUCUCAAGAUGAAGAAAGCUUGAUCAUUGAGCUUCAUGCUACUUUAGGGAACAGAUGGUCUCAGAUUGCAACUCGGUUACCAGGAAGAACAGACAACGAGAUCAAAAACUUUUGGAACUCAUGUCUUAAGAAGAAGCUGAGAGUAAAAGGCAUUGACCCAACAACACAUAAGCCCUUCAUAAACGACCUUCAAACUCUUAACGUCAUAGAUCAGAAGUUGCCGUCAUCAAAAACUUCAGAAGUAGUUAAGUCAAUGGGUUUGAUAAAGGACGCACAUGAUCAGUCAAUGGUCGUCUCAUCACAACCAGAUCCUUGGUGGUUCCCGGAGACAACUACUACUACGGCUAAUCAAAACGCUGCGUUUUGCUUCAGUUCAAGUACUAUGCCAACGGUUUCAGACCAGAUGACUUCAAACUUCAACUACUUCAGGAAUACAGUUCCAUCUCAGAGCAACAGUAUUUACAGUGCUUUCUUUGAACAUAACCAAAGCUCGGAAACUGGUUUAGAAGCAGAAGUGAAGCCAGACAUUGCCAAGUACUACUUGGGAUCAUCAUCAUUAAACGAAAGCGCUGCGAGAUUACUGCAUGAUGCUGACGUGGAUUUGUACGGUAAAAAUAUCCAGAAGCUUAAUAACAUGGCGUUUGAUCAGAGCCUUUAGAUUAUUAACAUGUGAAAGAAAUCGAAAUAGUAUUUUUUUUUUGUACAUAUAUGCUUUUGGCUGUGUAAAUUUUCUCCUCGUGUUUUAUUUUUAACGUGGUUAGAUGUAAUUAAUAUUUCUACAUA